AUGAGCACGACUACGGCCAAACGGUGUGCCGAGGCGGCGGCAACGCUCCGAGAGCUACUCGUGACGGCAGCGAGCCGAGGCAUUAGCAUUGAAGACUCGUUCGCGCACUUCGACCAUGGACGCGAUGGUGUCAUUGAUCUCUCGCAGUUUGUGCUCGGGUUGCGCUCACUGGGCAUUCCCGUCUCGGUCGAGGUUGGGAGCCUCCUCCUCUUUCAAAUCUCCGAGAAAAGCUCGACGCAUCUCACCUGCAAGGACUUCCAUCGACUCUGCGACCCGCAAUCGACACUCGUGCCCCCCACCCCCUCGGCACCGCCCCCGAAGCGCCGUAAAAGGCCGCCCGAGAAGAGCUCAGUUGGCACGAAUCCCAUUGCAGCGGCGCAAGGCCUUCCGCAGUGGGCCCACGACCGGAGCAAGCGCGCGCUGCGGGAGCUACAACAUCUCUCCAAGAAGCGUCCUUUUGUGCCAACCGCGCCCAUGGCCGACGACGACCGGAGUAGCAGCGAGAGCGACGAAGCGCCCAACCAAGCAUCGCCACCACGCACCACGGUACCCCCGGUUGCGCUGGAAGCUUUGGAGGCUCCCCAAUAUGCGUCGUUUGCGAUCAAUGAUGCGACCGUGUUGGAAUAUGCCAUCUUGCACGCGCCAUCGGCAGGCGAGAAUACAGACGACGAAGCGCCCGAGGCCCCCCCAUCGUUUUUUGGUGACGACCUGGCCAAAGUGCAGAGCCGCGUGACGCGCCACCUCGACACGCGCAAGACACACACCUGUGCGCGAUUGAUUGUCGUCCUUGACGCGUUUCAAACGAUCGCCAUGAUGGAAGCGCUCUUGCAGCCUUUCUUUCGCCUCUAUCCGCUCGCACGGGUGCUCGUCAUCGGCCAUGUCGCCAAGGUGGCCCCCGAGGCGAUCGUCACCAACGCCACCUUGGCGUCGUACAUGGGCGCGCUGCUGCUCCAUUUGAUAAACACGCGCGCGUGGAGCAUCCAGCCCAAGCAAGGCCCUGGCGCGGUGCCCCAGCUGCUGCUCGGGUGCGGGUCGGGGGCGGCGGUCGCUGGCUGGUUUACGCUUGUGACAGCGGCCGAGGACCCGAAGCUUCGCGUGCUUAACAUGGCUCUCAGUGCUCUCUUUCUCAUCAACGGCUUUGCGAGCGCGUCCGAAGGCAGCGUCAAAUCCAAGCUUCACCCCCUGCUGCAUGGACUGCAUGCCAACAAAGGCGACACCGAGUGCCACGAACAGCUCGUGCAUUUGCUUUUUUGCGACGCGUACCUUGCGCAGGAGUCGAGUCGCGUUUCGAUAGCACUCACGCGCGACCGCGAUGCAAUCGUCUUUGAGCACCGACGCCGAUUUCUCGAGCCCACGAGCCGCGCGCUGCUCCAGCAACGCCUCAAAGCCAUUCCCAAGUUUACGGAUCUCCGGCCCGUCUUGCGAAACCUCCAUGUCCCGUUGAUUCUUCUGCAAAGCUCGCAGAACGCGUGGGUGCCACCCAGUGCCGCGAAUGCCCUCCAGGAAGGCCGUGUGCUCGUUGCGUCUUUACCGGAAGCGUUUCGGCAAACCAAUGCAGUGUACGUGGCGUGGCUCAAGGCAGGGCACGAGGUGCUGCAAGAACGCUCGCCGUUUUGCCUCCAGUUUCUCGACGCCGUCGUUGCCGCCGUCCUCGAGCACGUGACGUUAGCACCUGUCCGAGGGGCCGACGCCGACGACAACGAUGGCACGACCGUCGAAGGGCACGGCCGACGCACACGGCCCGGUCGUCACCGCCUCGAUAUCGACGAGGACGACACGCUCGUCGUGCAGGCACCAACUGACCUUGCUGCUGUCGAUGCCUCGGGGCCGCAGUGGUCGUCGCGGGUGCUCGCCAUUUUACACGAGCGUGGCAUCCAAGGUAUUCGACAAGAACUGAUUGACCGCGACAUUGAUCUACCGCUGGGCGCGCCUGACGAUAGCUUGAUGGACAAGUUGGAAGACGCGCUGGCGACCGAAGACAGCGCGUACGAGGCUGUCUUGGCCUCCAAAGCCGCGUUGGCGUCGCUGCAGGAGGCGCAGCACGCCGAGCUCGCGCGGCUCGAGGCCGAGAAGCAGCAAAAGCUCCUGCGCGACGUCGAGCGCAAGAAGCAGCGGCUCAAGAAGGAGGAGCUCGCGUUCGCAGCGCGCGAACGAGACCGAUUGCGCGCGGCGGCCAUUGUGGAAGCGGAGCGCCACGAGCGCCGGAGCAUGGACAUGGAAGAUGAAAAAAGCCGCAAACGGGAAGACUACGACCGCAAGAGCGUCCUGUGGGCGGAGAGCAAUCGCAACGCGCUUCAAAACGUGGUCGCCGAGCUCGAAGACGAGCGAAAGGAAGCGCUGCAGACUCAAGCCGAGAUCAACUUGGGCCUCGAGCGGGCUGCCCAUCGCGCCAGCUUGCAAGCACAACUGUGGGAGCUGCAACGCAAGCUGGAAGCGAAUCAAGUGACACUACGGGGCGAUGCUGAAGGCUACGCGCUCGAGUGCGGCGUCGACAGCCACGACAUCCCGCGCGUGCUGCAAGGGAUCGAGUGCAUCCUCCAUGACGCCCCCGCGUCCAUCGCCAAGCACGAUGCCUACAACAGCCAGCUGCACGACUGCUCGCGGAGUCUCCACAACCUCAGUCGGGCUCUGCAUCGAGCCGAGACGGAGAACGUCAUUGCCAAGCCCGACGCGGGUGGCGCCGUCCGCCUCGUGCAAGUGCUAUCGCAAGAUACGGCGCAGCUCCAGGCGCUCACGACCGCGAGUCUCGAAGAGGUCACGAUGUUUGACCGGGCCAUGCAAAGCAUCGCGAUUUUACAAACACGCACGGAAGCCACGGUGCGCGAGCUCCUGGCCAAAGCCGCCAUUAUGGUCCACAACGCGAACGAAGAGCUUAGCUUGCUUCGAGAAACCCAAGAAGACGAAGCUGUCGCCGACGCGAAGCGGCUGCAUUUGACCAACACGACGAUCGCGCGCAUGACGCUGUUGAGCGCCGAGCUGAGCCGCAUUGAAGGCGUCACCACCAAGAUGGUCGACAGCGCGAUCUAUGUGGCGGGGACGUUGCAGCGGCUCGACAAGGCGACCCUCGAGCGCAAAUGCAAGGAAGAGCUGAAUGCACUCACCAUCAGCCUCGACGAGCUCCGUGUACAAAGCGCGUCCGCCAAGACGAUUCGCGCCGACCUCCGCAUCAACAUCAAACGCAUUGUCGAAGGGCUCGCGCUGCUUUUGAGUGCGCAGACGCAAUUGGCAGCAUUUGCCAAGUUUGCGGCAUCGACCACGGUCAAGGAAGAAGCCGACAUGGAUGCUCAAGCCCGUGGGUACUCGGAGCGGUCGGCAGCGUUGGCGCGGGAGCGACUGUCCAUUCCAGAUCUUGCACUCGUGCGGUCCAAAAAACUGUUUGAACACUCGGUGGAGGAGAAAGAGUGGAUCGCUCUCGACUUGAAACGAGGCGACCACGCUGUGACGCUCUACUCGAGUCUCUCUGAGCGCGAGGCCAUCGAGAUGCGCCUCGACCCGCUGUAUCAGACGUCGGUCACCGACGCCGAGAUCGAGUACAUUCUGUCGCUGCCAAGCCGGAUCUGCCUCGCGCUUCCGUUUCUCAAAUCCCCCACGCAUCUCCGCGCGCAUUAUUUGCUGAGAAAGUAUACGUGCGGCGACGGCCCAGUUGUGCUCAACCAAGUCGACGUGACGUAUGCCCCCCCGCUGCCACUGCCCCCAGGCCUCGAUCUCCACGGGAUGCUGCAGCGCAAGCUCGCCGAGAGCCUUCGACAAAAACCGUGGGCGUCGUGCAAUGAGAAAGAGCAGCUCUGGCUCGCGUGCGACGCGCGCCUUGGCGCAACCAUGGCCACUUUGCUGCCACCCUUUCCCGUUGGUUUUCCCGUUCCCGAUAUGACGGCCGACCACGUACAGAACGUUGCGGGCCAGAUGUGGAGUCCCAACAUGACUCCCGCCGACGAUGCUGUCUGGACAGUGCUGCACGACUUCGGCGGACUCCGCCCCGACGCCCAGCACAUUGUGGUCAUCUCGACCCUCGCCGAGCUUGUCGAGGCCGACGAACGAGCCACUAUCCUCGUCGAUGCCAAGACCCAGCGCAGCCUUCUUGAAUCCUCCAAGUGCCAGCUACGAGCACGCAAAAGUGCGACCCACGAGAUAGUUGUCGACGCAGUUGGCCUCAGUCUCACGGUCUCGAUCGUUUUGAAGGUAUGCAAGUUUGGCGCCACGGGCUACAAGCUCGGUCGACUCGCUGCUAUGCUGUACCAUCUGUCGCUCAGCGGGAAGCCCGAGCCGAUCGGUCAAGUCCAGUACGACCACGUGCAGCUCAACACGAGCGAGAGCAUGGGACGGAUUGUGCUUCGCCACGCGCCCAACCGCGUGCCGAUCGCGCAAGGCGUCUACCACAUUGUCGUGGGCUGUCCCGUAUACACGACGUACUCAAUCGCGGUCUCGAUGCACGAAGCGAUGCCCGCGUCCGAGUUUGUACGACGCGCCAAGGCCACGGCACUGACACAGCAAGCCCGCCUACCCGUCGGUCGCGAAGAAGUGUUGCAGAUCUGGGAGAGCAUGCGCUUGGCCGAGCGCAAGUUGGAGCUGGUCGAGAAGGCGUCGUCGGCCGCGAUGCUCCGCGCCAAGGAGCACGAAGCCAAGAUGGGGCAGCUCCAGCGCCUCUUGGACGUACCGACGGGCGCCGGCGCGUCCCUGAGCCGCAAAGAUCUUCUGGCGCAGAUCCGAACGCUCGAUCGCGCGUUCACCAAGCAAUGCAAGCUGCAUGCGAUUCGGCAAGACGAGAUCCACGACAUCAAGCGAGGACUGCACCACUUGGCGUCGCUCCAUGCCAAAUUGCUGCUCGAGCGCGCCGACCUCGAGGCGGCGCUGACGUAUGCGCGUCAGCACCUCCCGUACGCCGCCGCUCGCAUCGAGGGUGCGACGUCGGGUUUCAAGGUCGCGUACGCUCUCAACGCCGAGUACAACGUCCUCAAGACGGCCAAGAUGCGGUGGCGGGACCUCGCGGCGCUCAAGCACCAGCUGCCAAAGCUCCUCACGUCGGCGCAGCGCGUACGUCGCAAAUACAAGAAGAACAAGUUGGCCCUCGACGCGGCCGAGCGUCAAUGGGUCUUACUCGACCGCAUCGUGCACCCCGACCUUUAUCUCUGGGAGCAAGAAGCGUCGCAGCACGCGCACAUGCUCAACCAAAAAACGACCGUGCCCAUCGGAUACAGCCUCUCCAAAAUCGAGGCCGAGAUGAACGCGUACUCGGCUGCCGAGCUCCAGCGACUGGUCGACGCCCCCUACAAUGCCCUCUCGCGAAAAGAAAUUCUGGUGCGCAAAGCCAUGCUCAAAUUUCGCGACGAGAGCGUCUUGCGGCACCACGCCAUUACCGCGGCCGACAAGCCAGCCUCGAUCCUCCGAUCCUUACCCCUUGAUGCCCUCGAUGCCGACCAGAAAGCGUGGCUCGCUUUCGACAAGCUUCUGCACCCCGAGCUGCACUCGCGCUUGCUCACGACCGUACCAGCCGCCAAGCAGUGGACGCGCGACUCGCUCUUGGCGCUGCUGCAGACGCCGGACGACCAAAUUGCGUCGCUGGAUGCCGACGCCCGUCGCGCGCGCGCCCUCGUCUUGGCAUACGAUGGGCCCUUUGCCUACGAGCUAUUGCACGGUCCGUCGCCACCGUCUGCUGCGUAUGCGGCGCCGAUCAAACACUCGCUCGUCGACCACUCGCAAGCAGGUGAAAAGGUCGAAGUUGACGUCGACGCGCGCUGCCGCUCGGUGCUGCACGAACUCGAUCGCGCGAUCAGUAGCACCAAUGAGUUUAUGGACUCGAGUGUCCUUCACAGCGCGCCCCAGCGGUUUCCAACCAGCGUCUUGCGGCUCGAGCUCGAGAAGGAGCUCGAUCGACUGCUCCUCAGUCAGCUCACCGAGCGCGAAGAAGCCGAAUGGGGCGCGUUCCACAACCCAAAGUCGCUCCUUGACUUGCACGCGCGAGAUAAUGACGACGACGAGGAAAAGACCAAGCAAGGACUCGCGCACGUGUCCGACUCGGACUCGGACCUCGAGGCACGCUUGGCACGCGAAGAGCAACGCAAGGCUGCGCUCAAGCAGCUCCAAAAGACCAACAAGAAGGCAAAACCAAGCUACCAAAAGCAAAAACGCGCGAUUCAAGACGCCCUCGUGCCACGGUCGAUUGAAGAGCAGCAACUGGAGCUUGAAAAGAAAAAUCUGGGGCCGGGCGGGUGUAUGGCCUGCCGCAAAAACCCGUGCACGUGGGUUCCGUACCUCAACGCGACCAAGGACACCAUCGUGCACCGCAUCCACCUUCUCAAGGACGAGACCGAGCGCGUCAAGCGUUCGAAAGAGACCGUCCUCAGCUCGCGUCUGUGCAUGUCGGCUGUCCGCGGCGGCGUCGAGGCCAUCUCGAUGCGCAAGAUGGACCUCUUCCUCGAGCUCACGUCCGAGAUCCGUAAUUGGGAAAAGCACUUGCGCCUUCGCGACAUUGACUCCGAGUUGCACGCAACGUUCAACUGGCCCAACGAUCAGUUUGAGACCGUCGCGCUCCAUGGCUUUGUCCAAAUGCAGCAGACGGAGAAAGUCAAGGCUGCGUUGACGCGGGAGCAGCACUCGCUGGUCGCGCAGCUCACAACACACGAGAUUGUCGAAGACAUUCUCGAAUGGAUGCUCGAAGGCUGGGUCUUUGGCGAGCGCGAAUCGCGGCGCAAGGUGCAAGGCUUCGUGCCCAGUGUAUACAAGGACGGACCGCUCAACAUGCAAGUGCUUCGGCGCCUCGAAAACAUGAGUCCUGCCGACAAGAAGAUGGCCGACGAGCUCCACGACAUACACGCGACCAAAGCCAAGUUUGGCACGCCACUGGAGAAAUGGACGCCGAUUGAGGUCGACGCACAAGCCCUCCGCAUGGACAAAAAAGCAAUUCAAAAAGGGUCGGCGGCCGACAAGGUGCUCGACGAGACCGAGCAGGCGCUGAAAUUCGGCCUUUUCUGCAUGACACUCAUGUACUUCCGGGGUCUCAGCCUCCUCAAGGCCCAAAAACAAGUGUGGGGCGCCAAGACGAGCGAGCACGCCAAGGUGCACGUCGCGAAGCCCGUCACAGGUCUUCAGCUCGAGCGUCAAAAGCAAGAGCUGCGGCAACGCGCGCCGGAGCCAAAGGAAAUGGAGCGCCUGCAAUCGCAACGACAAAAGCUGUUUGCCAACAAUCGACUCGCGAAACGCGAAGCCAAAGCCGCGACGUUUCUGCAACGGAUUUACCGGGGGUACCUGGGCCGGGCCGCGGCAAUCAAGUGGAAGAUUCGACGUGCCGAGCUCGAGGCGCGACAAGCACUCGAGCAAGCGGCCGCGACGACCAUGCAGCGCGCGUACCGCGGCCGCCUCGGGCGCAUUGCGGCCGAAGACCGCCGCAUCGAGCUUGCCGAGUUCAUUGCCCAAGUCCGGGCCCAAGAGGCCAUUGAAGAAGAGGAGGCGUACUGGAAACGCAAUCGAUCCGAGCGCUUGCGCCGACGCAUCAUGGCGCUUGUGGACCGCAAGGCGGCGUGA